GAGGCGGGAGACAGGUGGAGGCCGCGCCCGGAGGGGAGGAGUCGUCGCCGGCCCAGCGGCCGGCCUCGCCCGGCUACACAAGGCCCCCCAGGACCCUGCUGGCUCUUCUCAUGCCCCAGCGCCGAGCCACCUCUCUAACUGACCUCGCUUUGCGAGCAGACGCUAGCUCCUUGACGUCACAGCCCUGCCCAUCCCCUCAGCUGAUGUCACCCGCAGUCCCGCUCCCGCUUCACUUCGUGUUCACUUAAAGUCCUGCUCGCCUGGCCCACGCUGGGCUCUGGUGGCACUGCACGGAACCUGCCAAGCCAGAAGAUUUGCUGCGGGAAACUCCUAGGACUUAUAGCAAAUUCGGGUGUUGCGAAGCGUCAUAAUCACUGCCCCCAAGUCUAGUCUGCCAUCCCAUCCCACUGCAGUGUCAGUCGCGGCCCUUGCACAGCUCCACAUGCGAAGUUCCUAACCCCAACCCCAAGCCGGACUCUGACCCCUAUAUCUUCCAUUUGAAGCAGGGCUCCCCUCACCCUUUGUUCACCCAGGGCUGGUUAUCCAACCCAUCCUUCUAGGCUCUCCAACUUAGUUCUAUCUUUUGCUUUUCUUACUUGCAACUCCCCUUUGGUGAAGUUCAGUUGAAACUCUAAGGAAAUCUUGAUGUGCCCAGAGCUUUUGCCUUUUUGUCAGACUUAUUUCUUGUAACGUUCAGCCCAUAGUCCUCCAUUCUUACCCUUUCUCCCACCGAAGUACCUGUUUUGUUCCUGUUCAGAACCCAGCAGUGAUGUGGCGGUGGAGACCCACAGGAGCCCCGGACUUCACCUGAGCUACCUCAGUGGUCACCCAGGGUGGCAAGAAAAAGAAGAAAGCCCUGAGUUGGGGGGGACCAGGAUGCCUGACCGGGACAGCUAUGCCAACGGCACUGGGAGCAGCGGUGGAGGCCCUGGAAGUGGGAGCAGCGAGGAGGCCGGCGGAGCAGGGCCAGGCAGCGGAGGGGCCAGCUCAGAUGCCAUCUGCAGGGACUUCCUGAGGAAUGUGUGCAAGCGAGGCAAGCGCUGCCGAUACCGCCAUCCAGACAUGAGCGAGGUGUCCAACUUGGGGGUGAGCAAAAAUGAGUUCAUCUUCUGCCAUGACUUCCAGAACAAGGAGUGCAGUCGCCCGAACUGCCGAUUCAUCCAUGGCUCCAAGGAGGAUGAGGAUGGCUAUAAGAAGACAGGAGAGCUUCCCCCUCGGCUGAGGCAGAAAGUCGCAGCAGGCCUGGGCCUUUCUCCAGCUGACCUACCGAAUGGCAAGGAGGAGGUCCCAAUCUGCCGGGAUUUUCUCAAAGGUGACUGCCAGAGAGGAGCCAAGUGCAAGUUCCGUCACCUACAACGGGAUUUUGAAUUUGAUACUAGGGGUGGAGGCGGCACCGGUGGUGGGGGCUCAACAGGCCCAGUCCCCCCAGGACGACGUCAUGAUCUCUAUGACAUCUUUGACCUCCCUGACAGGGGCUUUGAGGACCAUGAGCCAGGUCCCAAGCGCCGGCGAGGAUGCUGUCCCCCAGAUGGCCCCCAUUUUGAAUCUUAUGACUAUAGCCUGGCUCCACCCCGAGGGGUGGAGUGCAGGCUGCUGGAGGAGGAGAACGCCAUGCUCAGGAAGCGGGUAGAGGAGCUCAAGAAGCAGGUCAGCAACCUUCUGGCUACCAAUGAGGUACUCCUGGAACAAAACGCCCAGUUCCGCAAUCAGGCCAAGGUCAUGACCCUGAGCUCUACUGCACCAGCAACUGAGCAGACUCUGGCUCCCACUGUGGGUACUGUUGCCACUUUUAACCAUGGCAUUGCCCAGACUCACACUACUCUCAGCAGCCAGGCUCUACAGCCUCGGCCCGUGUCUCAGCAAGAACUGGUAGCCCCCGCUGGAGCUCCAGCUGCUCCCCCAACUAAUGCUGCCCCUCCUGCUGCUCCACCACCCCCACCCCCACACUUGAACCCAGAGAUCACGCCACUGUCAGCUGCUCUGGCUCAAACAAUUGCCCAGGGAAUGGCGCCCCCACCGGUCUCCAUGGCUCCUGUGGCUGUGUCUGUGGCUCCGGUGGCCCCUGUGGCUGUGUCGAUGGCCCAGCCCUUGGCAGGAAUCACGAUGAGCCACACCACCACUCCCAUGGUGACUUACCCCAUUGCUUCCCAGAGCAUGCGCAUCACAGCCAUGCCACACUGAUGGGGCUGCUCUGGACACCCCCGCUAUAGCCUCCCAGGGCUGGGAUCCAGGGAGUCCUUUACCGCCCACUCGCCAGGCCCUGUCUUAAGGCUUAUUCAUAAACGAGGACAAGAGACUGCGAGGAGUUUACUUCUGAGAAGGGGUUGGGCUGGUGGGUUUCGUCUCACCUCCCUUAUGUGAGGGCCCUCUUGUCCGUCUUUAGUCUCACAGAGGGGCUUGCAUAGGAGUGCAGACUGAAGCCAGCACAGAGGAAGGACUGGCUGAGGGGUUGGGUGUCCCCUGAUGGGAAGAUGGGGACAUGCCUGGUCUGGUCCUCACUCCUGUGCAGCACAGGUUCUGGCACUGGUUUGGAAGAAAACAGUGCCCAGAGGGAAGAUGGGGGAGUGGGCGGCCAGAAGAGGAGGCCUGAGGGAGCCUUCAGACAACUUGGGACGUAGUCGAGUUGGGCAAUAACUGCUCCUGGGCCCGUAGCAAGGCGGGGACCAUAGUCAUCCAGCCCAAAGGCUAGGGGAGCAUUCGUUACCUUGGCUUGGCCUGGAAAUUCACAGGGCAGGGCCCACCACUUUCCAAAGAAAUAAA